GCCAGCUCCGGCGGGACGGCGGCCGCCGCGCGUUCGGGCUCGGCUUCGCUGCGCGCCCAGAAGAUGAAUCCGUCCUCGGCGCCCCCACCUCUCCCGCCGCCCGGGCAGCAAGUGAUCCACGUCACGCAGGACCUCGACACAGACCUCGAGGCCCUCUUCAACUCUGUCAUGAACCCCAAGCCCAGCUCGUGGCGGAAGAAGAUCCUGCCGGAGUCCUUCUUCAAGGAGCCCGACUCGGGCUCGCACUCGCGGCAGUCCAGUACCGACUCGUCGGGCGGCCACCCCGGGCCGCGGCUGGCCAGCGGCGCGCAGCACGUCCGCUCGCAUUCCUCUCCCGCAUCCCUGCAGCUGGGCACCGGUGCGGGCGCUACGGCCAGCUCCGCGCAGCAGCACGCGCACCUCCGCCAGCAGUCCUACGACGUGACAGACGAGCUGCCGCUGCCCCCAGGCUGGGAGAUGGCCUUCACCGCCACUGGGCAGCCGUACUUCCUCAAUCACACAGAAAAAAUCACCACCUGGCAAGACCCCAGGAAGGCGAUGAGUCAGCCCCUGAAUCAUAUGAGCCUCCGCCCUGCCGUCACUUCCACACCAGUGCCUCAGAGUUCCAUGGCUGCAUCCCAGCCAAACCUGGUGAUGAGUCACCAACACCAGCAGCAGAUGGCGCCCAGCACCCUGAGCCAGCAGAACCGCCCUUCUCAGAACCCAGCCGGGCUCAUGAACUUGCCUACCGCCUUGCCCACCGCCCUGACCACGCAGCAGCAGCAGCAGCAGAAGCUGCGGCUGCAGAGGAUCCAGAUGGAGAGAGAGAGGAUCCGCGUGCGCCAGGAGGAGCUCCUGCGGCAGGAAGCUGCCCUCUGCAGACAGCUCCCCAUGGAAGCCGAGACAAUGGCCGCUGUCCAGGCUGCUGCAAACCCUCCUGCCAUGACCCCAGACAUGAGAUCCAUCACUAAUAACAGCUCAGAUCCUUUUCUCAAUGGGGGGCCCUACCACUCAAGGGAGCAGAGCACCGACAGCGGCCUGGGGUUAGGGUGCUACAGUGUCCCCACCACCCCUGAGGACUUUCUCAGCAACGUGGACGAGAUGGACACAGGAGAAACCACAGGUCAGACACCUAUGAACAUCAACCCGCAACAGACCCGCUUCCCUGAUUUCCUUGACUGUCUUCCGGGAACCAACGUUGACCUAGGAACGCUGGAGUCUGAAGAUCUGAUCCCCCUCUUCAAUGACGUAGAGUCGGCUCUGAACAAAAGUGAGCCCUUUCUAACCUGGCUGUAAUGGCUACCAUUUUGUCACUGGGGUGCAGCGCAACCUGACAUUUCCUAGGCCUCUUGGAGAAAGCGACAGUGCACGGCUUUCUGCCUCUGUGACUCCUUUUCCUUCCUGUCCAUGUGGCCAGUUUCAUCAAUGCCUGGUUUUGAUUGACAGUGACUUAAGUUAAACAUGAAUAAAUGUUCUAUCUUUA